AUGAAGGUAACACAUUCGUUGAAGAGGAUUUUGUUUGUUUGUGCUGUAAACUUGGUCUGUUUCAGUUGUGUGGCCUCUAACAAACACGAUGGGCACAAAUUCAAAAAAGAGCAAGCGAAAUUAGGCGUGGAUUUCGUCUAUUUUCCCGAUAUGAAGGGGCAGACUCGACGCGUUUCGCUGAAGUACGACAAUCACACGCAAGUAAAAUUAGAGGAAUUUUACAAUAAUGAAAAGCUAUUCGCUGAUCACAAGAAAAUCGGGCGCCUUCGAUCGGCAGCGUUAAAGGAUAUGAACGAUGCGUUUAAUUUCAGCAACGAAGUCCACUUUAUUUUAUACACCAGAGAAUUAAACGACAGCAUCGGAACUGGAGUCAAUUUAACAACAUUCGAUUUUAAGGAAUACAACAUUACAAGAGACACGAAAAUUAUAUUUCACGGUUACAUGGAGAACGGUUCGUCGGAUUUCGAUUUGGUGAUAACGAAUAGUUACCUGAAGGUUUCUGAUGUCAACAUUAUCGUCGUCGAUUGGAGUUAUUUAUCAGGCACUUAUCUGUACACGAAAGCGGUGAUGUCUCUGGGGGAAGUGGCCGAUUACUGUGCAAAAUUCGUUGCCUAUCUGAUUAGAGUCGUAGGCGUCAAACAGAAUCAAUUGCACUUCAUAGGCUUCAGCCUGGGGGCCCACUUGGCUGGGUUUACUGGUAAAAGGCUGAGGGCCAUUUACUCGGAAACGAUCCAACGUAUUUCAGGUUUAGAUCCGGCUGCUCCGCUCUUUGAAGAGGUCAAUUUGAACCAACAAGAUGCCAAUUUCGUCGACAUUAUCCACACCGAUGGGCAUAUAUUGGGCUUGUACAAAGCGACAGGCCACGUGGAUUUUUAUCCGAAUGGAGGCGUCAGUCCUCAACCGGAUUGCUACAAUAUCAAUCCAGUUGAAAUAGAUAUUUGCAGUCACACGAAUAGCUGGAAAUUAUAUUCGGAAACUAUAAUUAAUGAGCACCUUUACACGGCUAAUUGUUCGGAUGACAAGCAGUAUCCGAUGGGCAAGGGAACUCCGAUCGAAGCCCGAGGGAAUUGCAUUUUAUCUACAGACACAGAUCAGGCUAUGAUUUGGUUUAAGAAUCUCAAGCAAGAGUUUUCUCUUCUCCACUUUUCUAAUAAAUUGGUGUCCAAGAUUUUCAAUUUCUUUGACAUUAAAAUUUUCAACGACACUGUUAACUAA